CACCUCGGUCUCAAGCGGGCGCCCGCGUCGCUCCCGCGGGCUCCUAGCGCCUGCUGCCGCCCGCCGGCCGCACCUGGAGCGGGAGCGCGGCGUUUUCCUCAGCCUCGCCCAGCGCGCGGCAGGUGCGCCAGGCGCCCCGGAGCCCCGCCCCCGCGGCUCUGCCCGGCGCCCUACGCCUCGUGCCAGCGCCCCGCAGCGGCCGGGCAGAACGCACCGCCCCCGCCGGGGCCCGGGAAGCGCUCGCUCGGGCGAAGAGGAGGAGCCAAGGGCACCGAGCGGGUGGAGUCGGGAGCCGAGAGCCGGGGAGGCGGAUUUCCUGGGCCCGGCUCUCUGGGGCUACCAUGGCGUUUGGCAAGAGUCACCGGGAUCCCUACGCGACCUCCGUCGGCCACCUCAUAGAAAAGGCUACGUUUGCUGGAGUUCAGACUGAAGACUGGGGCCAGUUCAUGCACAUCUGUGACAUAAUUAACACUACCCAGGAUGGGCCAAAAGAUGCAGUAAAAGCUUUGAAGAAAAGGAUUUCCAAAAACUACAAUCAUAAAGAAAUACAACUUACCUUGUCACUUAUUGACAUGUGCAUGCAGAACUGUGGUCCUAGUUUCCAAUCUUUGAUUGUGAAGAAGGAAUUCGUUAAAGAGAGUCUAGUUAAGCUGCUGAAUCCCAGAUACAACUUGCCAUUGGACAUUCAGAAUAAAAUCUUGAAUUUCAUUAAGACGUGGUCACAGGGUUUCCCAGGAGGUGUGGACGUAAGUGAAGUGAAAGAGGUGUACCUUGACUUGCUUAAGAAAGGUGUUCAGUUUCCUCCUUCAGAUGCAGAGGCAGAAACAUCAGGACAGGAGACUGCUCAGAUCUCAUCGAAUCCACCAACAUCUGUCCCUACUGCACCAGCCCUUUCUCCUGUAGCUGUUCCCAAGAACUCUACUAUUACAUUGGUUCCAGAACAGAUUGGAAAAUUGCACAGUGAAUUGGAUAUGGUUAAAAUGAAUGUGCGAGUGAUGGCUGCCAUACUGAUGGAGAAUACGCCUGGAUCUGAAAACCAGGAAGACAUAGAGCUUCUGCAGAAACUUUAUAAGACGGGUCGGGAGAUGCAAGAGAGAAUCAUGGACCUGCUUGUGGUGGUGGAAAAUGAAGAUGUAACUAUUGAGCUAAUUCAAGUGAAUGAGGAUUUGAAUAACGCCAUCCUUGGGUAUGAGAGGUUUACUCGAAACCAACAAAGGAUUUUGGAGCAAAAUAAGAACCAGAAGGAAACCACCAAUACUACCAGUGAGCCUUCUGCCCCAUCUUGUGAUCUCCUGGACCUGAGUCCCAGUCCUCCGAUGCCUAGGGCCACUCUGGGAGAACUCAGCACCAGGAAUGCUCAGCUUCCAGACUUAAAUUUCAGUUCUUCAAGUCCUGAUGUAACAAACCACUUAAUACCCAGUCUUCAUCCACAGAUGGAUUUGCUAGCCUUGGAAAAUACAGAAACACCCCUGUUUACCCAAAGGACCAGCCAAAACCUCGCCUCCAGUCAUACAUAUGAUAAUGUUCCAGAACAUUCAAAUUCAGUAUUGCUACAGCCAGUGAGUCUACAGUCCGUUGCAGCAGCACCAUCAAACCAGAGGCUACCACCUUUGCCCAGCAAUCAUCCAGGGAUGACAAAGAAUGAUCUCCAGCCACCCAAUUACUACGAGGUAAUGGAGUUUGAUCCCUUAGCUCCUGCUGUCACUGCAGAAGCUAUUUAUGAAGAAAUUGAUGUUCAUCACCACAAAGGAGCUCAAAGUCAUAGUGACUGUUGAGGUUAAAGUGGAUGAACAGCUCACUAGCCACAUCAUGGGUGCCAACUCUCUAAAGGGUAGACCCUGUCCAGCUGUGAGGCCCAGAAGACCUACUAACCUGUUGAAAGCCACAAUGGAACAUUUCUCCUCUGCUAUUGCGAAGAUUAAAUGGAAAAAUAACAGUUCCAGGGUAACAUUUAUGGUUCUAACAGCUCAAGAUUUUUUUCAAUAGAAUUUGUUUGUAACAAAUACUCACUUUAAAACUUCAGCAGAAGAAAAAUUACUUAGUCCUUAGGCCGACCAGUUUAAUUGCAGUAUGUAUCAAAGGUCUUUCUGUAUUUAGAAAUCAUCACACAGCUGUGAUAACAGUAGAUGAAGAUUAUUUUACUACAAAAUAAUUCUGAGUAGAUGUUAGCACAAAAUGUGAGAAACUUAAUGUAU